GCAGCCCGAGGAGCGCGCGCCAUGCAGGCCAGGGGGUACCCAGCCGCCGGGGAGAUCGGCCCGACUAGCGCCCCCGCCCAAGUGUCUGUUAUCCUCCCGGUCCAUGACGCUGAACCGUGGUUGGACGAAUGCUUGGGGUCGGUUUUGCAGCAAGACUUUGAAGGCUCCAUGGAGCUCUCCAUUUUUAAUGAUGCCAGUAAGGACAAAUCCAUGACUAUCAUUGAAAAAUGGAAAAAGAAGCUGGAAGGUUCCGGCAUCCUCGUGGUCAUUGGAGGGCAUGAUUCUCCUUCUCCCCGAGGAGUCGGAUAUUCUAAAAAUCAAGCAAUAGCACAGAGCUCAGGGUCUUACCUUUGCUUCUUGGAUGCGGACGACGUGAUGAUGCCUCAGAGAGUGAGGCUGCAACACGAAGCCGCUUUGCGACACCCAAAAAGUAUUAUCGGUUGUCAAGUGACGCGGGAGCCCCCCAAUUCCACCGAGCGGUACACGCGGUGGAUCAACCAGCUGGCGCCUGACCAGCUGCUCACCCAGGUGUUUACCUCCAACGGCCCCACCGUGAUCAUGCCCACCUGGUUCUGCUCCCGAGCCUGGUUCGCCCACGUGGGCCCGUUUGAUGAGGGCGGGCGGGGUGUCCCUGAGGACCUGCUGUUCUUCUACGAGCACCUGAGGAAGGGCGGCGGGGUCGUCCGUGUGGACCAGAGCCUCCUCCUCUACCGCUACCACCCCAGCGCGGCCACACACUCCGUCCUCGAGACCACCAUCUGGGCCCACCGCGUCCGCUUCCUGGAAGAGCGGGCCCUGCCCCACUGGGCAACCUUCACCAUCUGGAACGCGGGCCGGCAGGGCCGCCGGCUGUACCGCAGCCUGACAGCGGGCUCCCGGCACAAGGUGGCUGCCUUCUGCGACGUGGACGAGAACAAGAUCAGAAAAGGCUUCUACUGCUACGAGGACUCUCAGGAAAGGCCCAAGCCCCGGAUCCCAGUCCUGCACUUCCGAGCCGCACGGCCACCCUUUGUCAUCUGCGUGAAGCUGGACCUCACGGGGGGCAUGUUUGAGGACAACCUGAGGUCGCUGAACCUGCAGGAGGGCCGGGACUUCCUUCACUUCAGCUGACAGACCCGUGGCAGCUGCUCCCAGGCCUGCAGUGCUACCUCCUGGGGUCCUGAAAGGGAUCGACAUGGAACGUGCGGCUCAGCCUGGAAUGUUCUAGACCCUGGAGCUCAGAACAGGAGCUCACGGAGCCAUGGCUGGAGGUCUCACAAGGAAGGGACCCCGGGGACCCCAGGUGGCCUGAGGGGCAGGGGAUACCUUGGGGACCAGCUGCGGCCUCGGCACGCCCAGGAGGUCACAGAGGCGGUUCCGCUGGGCUCUCACGACCGGGAGCUCGGCGUCCCUGGGAGGAGAAGGCGGGGAGCAGCGUCAGUCAUGGGGACGGUGCACGGGGUAAACCUGCCAAGAUCUUCCUGGGGUGUGCAGAAACCCCAACGCCCGAGAUGAGGUAGAAAUCAGGGAAAAGGAUGCCUCACCUGCACUUGCACAAGGCCCUGCUCCUGCAUGCUUUCUCAGGGAACCCCAGAGGAUAAGCUCCCCCAAACAGGGAGCCCCACGAGGGGCCCUCGGCCCCCCAAGAGCCCCACCCAGGGGCCAGAGCCAGGAAACACCAAGACAGCAGGGAGAUGGGGGCCAGGGCACAGAUGGGUUUUAUUUCACUUUGAAAGCUGUUUACUUACAACUUUCAUUAAAAAUAAAAAUUUAGCAACACCAUAAAACUGGCCAUGUUUUUCUUUUGUAAUAAGAAAAAAAAAAGGUUAUCCUUAAAUCCUCUGGAAUUUUUUAACAAAGGAAUUCAGUUACGAGACAGGUUCCCCUCUGCCCUAAACUGUGAGAGGAGGAAGGCAGGUGUGGGGAGCUCAGGGGACCCUGGGGCCCGCCAGGCGCUGCUGGCUUCAGGUCGCCCUCCCUUCACUGUCCUUGUCAAGCAUGGAGGGCAUGCCUCUGUGCUGUUAUCACUGACAACAUCAUAGAUGUGUCCUCUCCAGCGCUUGCAGAGCAGAGGCGUCCCGUCUCCUGGGGCCAUGCUUUCUGCUCUGGAAUUUUCAUCGCGGGGCCUGCAGCAUGUUCACCGGGAACGCCCUCCUCCUGGAGACAA